AUGCACAUUACGAUUGCAGUGAAAUCCAAGCUCCCAGAAGUUCCUAUCCCAGACAUCCUGGCAUGGAGCGAUGACCCAUCAAAUCCGGCAGGGACUGAGUACAUCAUCCAAGAGCAUGCCAAGGGUGUGCUACUGCAUGAACGCUGGCCUCAGCUGAACACCGUUGAGCAUCUGGAUUGCACCCAGGCACUGGUGACAAUUACCCAAAAGCUGAUGUCUCUCGACUUUCCAGCUUUUGGCAAUAUCUAUUAUACUACGGCGCCCAUUGACGAGAAGCUCAAGAUGCCACUUGAUCCCGAGGGCAGGUUUUGCGUUGGCCCUCAUUGCUCGCCCUUGUUCUACAACUGUGGGGUUGGAGAGAACGAAUUAUAUCAGAAUGAGGGUAGCAAGAAUAGAGGUCCAUGGACAAACCUUAAUGAAUACAUUUCUGGAUUAUGUGACACAGCCUUAUCCCGGAUACCCCAAGAAGCUCCCAAGACCGAUCGUCUCCCUUAUAGAGGGACGGUGGAAGAGCAUCGCCAAAUUGUCGAGAUCUGCCGUGAAAUCAUGAAGCUUCUUGCAGAGGAUGAGCGCCUUAUUUUGUCAUCAGUGCCUACUCUCAUGCACCCAGACUACAACAAACGAAACAUAUUUAUUUCCCCUGACGACCCUAAGAGAAUAACAGCGGUGAUUGACUGGCAGCUAGCCGGCAUCGAGCCAGCCUUUUCAUAUCUCCACGAAGACCCAGACUUUGCCCUCAAACCGCCCGACACGGACCCAGAAGAGCCAAUCCCCGGCGAGGAUCCGCUUUCAGAAGAAGAAAAAAAAGCGCGAAAGAAUCAACGCAAGGACAUGUCCAUCUGCUACCGAAUGUACGAUAUAAUUCUGCGAAACAAAAUCCCCAAGACCCACGCCCCCAAGCGCCUGGACCCUAUCUUCUUCCGUAUCUUUCACUACUGUUUCCUGACCUGGCGCGACGGGAUCCCCGCCAUUCGUCAGGAACUUCUCGACCUCCAAUCACUCUGGGACGUAGCCAAGCUCCCGGGUAAAUGUCCUUAUCAGCCCAGCCAGGCCGAGUUGGACUUACAGAAGCGACAGUGGGAAGAGUUUGAAAAUCGGCAGCGACUGAAAGAUUGGCUAAAGGAGUCAAUGCACACGACAUCUGAUGGCUGGUUCCCAGCUGACAGGAAGCUGUGGGCAGCAGCGCAGGAAAUAAACAGAGAGGCCUAUCGUCAGUGGAUGGAGUCAGUACGGCAGUCUGGUGAAAUGACGCCGGCAAAGGCAGAUGCUCUGUGGCCAUUUGACAGUAGAUGA